AUCAACAUAAACAAACCCCCUUUGGCCUAUAAAAGAAAACCAACACUUGUGCCUCACAAAUAUUCAUUCAAAUACCCUACCAUCAUUGAAAUGGCGUCUUGGUUCCCUUUUGGACGUCAAAGACGUCAAGCCCCGCCGCCCCCAGUUCAGCCCUCCGUUACCGGAGGAAGCCAGACUGAACAGUCUGCCACCGCCUCUCCAAGGAGGCCACCGUUUAGGCCUGCAGGGGCCGCUCCGCCACAAGCACCCCUUUCCCCCAGUCGUAAGCCACCAUCCCGGGCAGCUUCACGGCCCCCGACCCCGUCCCGCAAUGGCAAGGGGACUCCUCCUCUCUCCCCAUCACGUUUGGUGGAAACAUCUCCACCACCACCAAAGGUGGAGAACAUUCCUCCGCAGCAGCCGUCUAACGAGAGAGCACUUGAAGAAGAACCAGUUUUGAUGGAGGAAAAGGAGGCGGCUCCAGAAAUCCGACCACCGCCACCUGCCGGAGACAUCCAUGAAUCAAAACUUCAGCCACCUGAGAUGACCAAGCAGUCCUCAGAAACCACUCUCCUCGAACCCACCAGACAAUCCUCAGAAAUCCUCCAUGAACCAACUAAACAGUCCUCAGAAAUCCUUCCCUCAGAGACCAUCCUCCGUGAACCGGCCAAACAGUCCUCAGAGACCACCCUCCUUGAACCGACCAAACAGCCCUUAGAAAUCCCCCCGAGCAAAUUGUCCUCGGAAACCACUUCCAUCGAGCCACAAAGUUCUGAUCCUCUAUUAAUGGGAAACAACAAGGAAGGAGACCCACAACCAACAACAACAAAGUCGUCCGAACCAGAGAAGGAACAAGAGGCGACGACCAAGCAACACACAACGAUUUAUUCCGGUGAACAUCAAACCAUCAAAACAGUGGUUGCCGAAACGUCCAAAGACAAAGACGGUCGCCGCUGCCACCGUGGGGAGUUAUUAGCUCAGAACAGAGCAGCUGCCGUUAAAGAGGUGGCGGUGGCGAUUAAUGUGAUUAUAACCCUCACCGGCGAGAACAAAGGGGCUAUCAUGCAGCUCGGCCGCCCGUCCAAUGAGAAGCCCAUUCACAUCCACAGAGCCUACAAACCGAGUCAACCCGUUGUUGACCGGCCAACUAAAGAAGAAGACGACAGGGAAGCGGCCAGUGCUUCGUACGUCGUCAACUCCAACGUCCAAGGAGUCAACAACUCAAUCCUCGUGGACAGCCACGUCAGAGAGAUGGAUCCCGGCGUGAGUGUCGGAAUCCCACGUUUUCCGGCAGAAGAUCACGGGAAACAAAGCGACCAAAAACCUCUUCAAGAAACUCGUGAUGGCAAGCAGAGAAUCAGGCGGAGAUGCCUCAGAGGGCUUUUCAUGGAGCCCAGCGAUUCUGAUUCCGAUAAUAACAACCCCGAAAAGCCUCGCCGCCGCCGCCAUGGGUGUCGUGUUCCUUGCAACGACGUGUUAUAAUAACAAGGAGUACGUAACCCUACUGGUUUUCGGUUCUUUUUAACUUCAUUAUGAUUUUUUUGAUAGUUUCAAAAAUGAAUGAAUAUUGACAUGAAUCAUAUCUAUAUUCAUUCAGUUUUUGAUAUAUUAUUAAAAAAAUCAUAAUGAUGAGUUAAACACUGAUAAAAAUGAAUGGAUCAACUGUGGAAUAAUUACAAGAAUGACUAGGUAGUGUGUAGUGUCCAUGGCCAUAGCCCAUGAGUCAUGAAUAUAUGUAUGUAUAUAUG